AUGCUGCCAGCACCCCUUACCAGUGGUGCACUUCGGAUUGCAUUGGAGAAGAAGUUGGGGCUGUCCUUGUUGGAUUCAAAGCUCGUGCUCGCGCCGGAGAGCGACCGAUACUGCGCAACACUCUCGAUGAAAUGUCAACAGUCGCCCUUUGAGCUUGGACAACCCUUUGAUUUGGAGAUAGACAUUGGCGAUUGCUCGCAAAUAUCAGCCAAUGUGACACCGGACAACACCUUCAUUCGCAUGACUACGCUGUACGAUGGCACGCAAGGUAACAAAUACGCCAAUCAGGCUGAAGCCGUAGAUUUCAUCGUGGUUCCAGGCCUUUCCAGCCAUGCAUUCGGCUCGUUCAAAUCUCCCCGCGACGCCACUGAAAACUGGCUGCGAGACUACCUCCCUACCACCCUGCCCAAUAUCCGUGUCCUUGUUUACGGAUAUGAUUCUCAUCUUCUCACACAUGAGGGCAAAGAAUCAAUCGUAGACCAUGCCAAAGGACUGCUUGACUCCAUCCGUUCGCAUCGUCAGGAUCCACAGACGGCACAUCGGCCUUUCAUAUUUCUUGGACACAGCUUGGGGGGCUUGGUGAUCAAACAAGCUUUGACCACACUGAGCUGCGAGAUAGGCCGGAAUAAACAGGACGAACAGCUGUUCAAGGCUUGCUAUGGGCUUCUAUUCUUCGGUGUGCCCAACCUUGGGCUUCGCCACGAAGAAUUGCUCGGGGCGGUUAUUGGCAAAAUGCCGUCCGAAAACCUUAUUCGGGACUUGAUCGUGACGAAGGAAUCCGAACCAUCAGCCUUCCUGACUGCGCUGUCGGAGAGCUUUGUGACUUGCUGCAAGCUGCAGGAGUUCAAGGUUGUUGCAUUUUAUGAGACAUUGAACAGCAAUACGCUUGAGCAGAACCCUGACGGUAGGUGGGCCAGAUCUGGCCCAAAAAAGCUCAUGGUCACCAAAGCGUCCGCCACUUGGAUCCACGGGCAAGCCAACUCUCGUAAAGAGAUUCCGCUUAGCACCGACCAUUCCGGCUUGGUGAAGUUUACUGGAAGAAGCGACCCCCAGUAUACCGAUUCGGUGAAGUUCCAUAUCGAAGAGAUGGUGAAAGCUGCGCCUUCGACAAUCAACGAACGCUUUUCCCGCAUGCACGGGCUUUCAUCGGACCAACGUGCCGUACUGGACAGCCUGAGGCUGGAUCCGGUUCACGAGAUACGCGACGGAAAGAUUGACGAUCCUUGCGCGGAUACGCUUAAGUGGUUCUUCAUCGAUUCGCGGUUCCAAUCGUGGCGCGACUCCCCAGAGGCACCUUGCUUUUGGGUCUACGGACCUCCCGGCCAAGGUAAAUCCGUGCUCGCAAAGUCUCUGACGAGUCAUCUCGAGAAAUACGCGAGGACGCGUCCGGCGGAGAACAUCGCAGUUCUCAGUUUCUUCUGCUACGGCCAAGGAGAGCAAUCCCGCCGGCCUACAGACAUCUUGCGGUCGCUGAUCAUUCAACUCAUUGACUGCAAAGAGCUCUUCGACUACCUUCCGGAACGUUAUCGUCAGGAUCCCGCCACGUUUCGCGGAUAA